GUGUAAAUUCCAAAACGCGGACGCCCGACGGAUUCGCGCUGUUCUCAAACAUUUUUGUGAUUUUCUUUGUGUUUAGUGAUAGAAACCCGAUUUUCGGCUAGUGAAACUACCAAGGCAGUCACCAUGUCCGGUUUCAGUUUUGGAACGCCAACGACGAGUGCACCGGCAUUUGCCUUCGGGACUCCUGCCUCUGCCACAACUGCAGUAGCUCCCGCAGCUGUCCCUGCUCUGACUGCUGUUGCUACAGCCGCUGCUGCUGCUGCGACCACGGGAUUCGCAUUCGGAAGUGCUCCAACGAUGUCAGCGGCGGUGUCAACUCCAGCUGCUGCAGCUCCAGCAUUCGGAUCGCUGGCAAAACCAGCUGCAACGGCAACGACUUUUGCAACGCCCAUAGCCGCUGCGGCUCCGGCUUUUAGCUUCGGUGGAGGAACAUCGACAACGCCAGCGACGUCGAUUACCACAUCAACAGGGUUCGCACUACCCGGUGCUGCGACACCAGCAGCAGCAGCCGCGGCUCCCAUCCUCGGAGCAGGAUUGUCCUUUGGGGCAUCGGCGGCACCUACUGCCAGUAUAUCAGCAGCACCGACUUUAACGCUAGGUGGUGGCUUUGGUGGUGGAUUCGGUGCACCCAGGCCAGCAACGGCCCCGACGGUUACGGCCGCUGUGGCCACGACCAGUUCCAUUGGCCUGGGAAAACCCAUCGGAUUGGGUGGGGUGGACAUCAAUGCGGCGGCACCUAAAUCGGUCGAAGGCAAGCCGGACAACACCAAGGCCAAGGAGUUCCAGGUUCCGCAAGAGAUUGUCAACACCGUGGAGCAUCUGAAGGAGUACAUCAAGAAACAGAAGUCAUUCAGUUCGGACAUUGCGAGAACAUCCUCCAGGAAGCUGUACAGCGUUUCGUCGGAGAUUAGCCGGCAGAAUUGGAGUUUGAUCGACAUCUCCAACAGCGUAACGAACAAUCAAUCGGCGAUCAAACUGCUGCGAGCCGAAACGGCCAACAUUAUCCAGCAGGCUGAUAUGGCCCAGAGAACACACGACACCCCGGCAGGAUUGCAGUUUGAGAACACGAUGCCACUGCAGUACUUCAUCGAGCUGAUCCAGAAGUACGAAAGCGAUAUGCUGAAUCUGAAGCAACAGGUUGAGCUCACGGAGAAGCACAUGCAAUCCCUCACCGUACCGCAGCACUUUACGGCCAUGGAUCUCAAGCGAGGUCUCCAGCAGAUUCACGAAAGCUUCGUUGCCCUCGCCGGCCGGUUGAACGAGACCCAUCAGAAGGUGGAAGCCCAAAAGGAGCGUUACAUGAUUCUACGGCGCUAUCUGCUGCGUGACAACACGAACGUCUUCGAAGCGCAGGCGGCCGGUGAAUCUUCCUCCACCCAGGUGCGGUUUUCCGGUUCCGUUUCCACCGGACCAACGCCGUUUUCCCCACUGAUGGGAACGGUCAAUGUGGGCAUUCCCAAACCGGCCCAGGAAACGACGCUUUGGCCCCGAAGCUCCGGUUUCGGAUCGGCGUCCGGUUCGAUGAUGGGUGUGGCCGGGCCCAGUAGUGGCGCAUUCGGUUCCGCUCUGACAGGUGCCGCUGACAGCAGCGGAUUUGGCAAGACGGCCUUCGAUACCGGUGCCUCGUCGUUCGGAAGUGGAGGAUUCAAUCUACAGACGCCACCGCUGGGGAGCAAACGGAAUAAACACUAGGGGGUGCGUGAUCACUGGUGUAGUGUUUGGUUUCGAUGGAAAAUAUAAGCGAAUAGAAGCGAGGAAGCUACUUCAUUUUCAGAACAUGUUUUAUGCCGAAA